CUUCAAUUGUUCUGGGGUCAUUGUGAACAAUAAUGGACAUCCCAUGUUGUGGCCUGGGUGCAUCCUGAGCCAGCUCUGCCAGCCAGCCUGGCAGGUGCAAACUGGGCAAGCGGCGGACUGGAAGCGGAGCAAGCGGAGCGAACGGAGCUUCGGAGAACGAGUUGUCGGAGUUCCUCCAGUUCGCAGAGUCGGGGUACUGCCGGAAGCGCUUUGGGGCGUUCCAUGGAGCUUGCCGAUCCUUUUGAGGCGCCACAGCAAGAUCAAGCUGCGUGCGCGGAAGGAAGCUACAGAUCCAUGGUCAGUUUUGGGACUUUCGCCCGGUGCCAGCAGCAGCGAGGUGCGUCGUGCCUUCCGUGCGAGAGCACGCUUGUGGCACCCUGAUCGUGGCGGUGAUCCAGAGAGGUUUCAGGCUUUGAGUCAGGCGUAUGCGCAUGCAAUGAACUUUGAGGCAUCCACCGAAUCCGCUGAAAAGGCCACCUCUUCUGUGCGGAGAAGAGCUGUCGAAGACGAGGCAGAGAGACGUGAGCCGACCUUGGAGGAUUUUCUCCAGUGGCGACGCAAACAACGGCCAUCACACUCAAAUGGAAUGGUGCAGUCAAUCUAGGUAUACAAGCGGCUGAAACAAGAUCAACCUCCAUGGUCCAUUAAAUGGUUGUCGCUGCUGUGUUCUUUAGUAACUGUUUUGACACUUGCUGAAAAUACCUGCUGUUCGAAAAGCAGUGGCCCAUGGUCAAUCCAUGUCAUUCCUAGUGUUUUCUUUAUCGCUUGUUCGUGGCCAAGAGGCUUUGCAGCAAUGUGCAACUUUGUGUUCUCAUUGAUGUUCCCUAGUGUGACGCCUUUUUGGUGCAAAAAUUAGGCAAACACGAGUGUAGAAGCCGUGUGGAAGCUUAAGUUUCCGCUCAUGCAUCCUAGUCCACGAUGCCGCCCAAAGAGAAGCGAUUUGGUGAUAUGACAAGCUAUUCAACUCAGGGCAUACGCAGCAGCCAGUGCAGCAGCACUCUUUCCUUUUAAAACGUCUCCUUCAGAUUGCAAAAGUUGGCGAGUAAGCCGUGGCUGUAAUCAAAAACACCAGUUAGCAGUACAGCGUAAGCUCCUAAAGCAACCCCUGGCGUGUAAGCAAACCCUGUGGUGGUGUAAGGACAGCACAACCACCACCGUUAGAAAUCUAUUCUCACAGGUUAGUUUAGAGGUAACCUAUUUGAUGCUUACUUAGGGAUCAACCACUGGUUUGCGUGAAAGCAGCUGUUCACUCAAGAAAACAGAGGAACGCAGUGCUUUGUUUUUUUCGUCAGGCUGCAUGGCUCAACCUAGUUAUACUAUUGGAGACUUUUGGCGAGCUACCAAAAAGGUUGCAAGCAGGUGUGUGCCAAGAGUUGAAGGGUAUUGGUCAGCUUUGCUCACAGCUGCAUCAUGCUGCAUCACGUUGCAUCUCAGCAGCAUCACCAAAGGUUAUUAGCAGUAGUUUGUAACUCCUGGCAAUCGCACUUGAAAUUCAUUUGCUUGUGAUUUUCAGUUCGGGAUGGCCAGAAACAUGUUGAGAUGGUAUUGUCAAGCGAAACAAUACAGCUCGCGACUGUUUGCAUAAACAGAAGUUGUGUACAUGUUAUAUACAAACCCCCGAACUAUGCUUGCCUUGGGAAUCCUUGUCUUGAAUUGUACUAUCGUAUUUUACUACCGGACAUGUUCGGAACAUGGAAAAAAGAAAACAUGACUUUAUGACUUUAUGUGAAAAGCGUUUUCUUGCAAAGCCCUGUGCGCUUUUCUCCAAGGCCUCGACAGACUGCUCGGAGGGCUGCAGAGCGAGAGCGUUUUGCUUCGAGCUCCCCAAGGCAUGGUGAGAAAGUCUGGAGUGCUCAGCGUAGCCUGCAAGAUGCCGUGCGGCAGGCAGACACUCCAGAAUUGGAGGCGGCCUGGUUGCGGGAGGCGGACAUCGAACAAGUGCGGCAGCAACCGAAGAAAAGCCAGAGCAAGUCCAAAGAGACAUCCGAUGAGCAUGUGGGCUACCGCAGCGUCCGAUCGACAAGUGGGACGCUCACUGUACCGAUCUUCCAGAAACCAGAUGGUGCAAGGUACUACACGUCUCCUUUAACUUCGAAGCGUGUCGCUAUACCGUGAGCAGAGAGCAAUAAUUUUCCUGGCACUUACUGCAACUUCGGCUUGUACCGUUAGACAGGCAGUAUUCAC